GGCUUCUUCCUUGACGUUUCAAAGCUCAUACUUUCAACUGUUAACACUGAAGAAUUAAAACAUAAACAGACUAUUGUCUGUGGUAGGUGGUGAUGAUGAUGAUGGAUGGUGCCGUUUUCAAACUCCCGUCGUUUAAGUUCCUACGCCCUAACUCCUCCCCGCCCGCCACCACUAAGAGUCCUGUGGUUAUCCGGUGCGGAUUAACUAGAUUAUCUUCUUCUUAUUCUUCUUCGUCUGCUAUUCAGGCAAUAGCUACAACUGGCAGAGAAGGCGAUCAGGCGCUUGGUUCCCUUUCUCUGGGUCAUAUAACUCGACCUGAUUUCCCCAUCCUCCACCAGGAGGUAAAUGGAUCAAAACUUGUCUACUUAGACAAUGCUGCAACUUCUCAGAAGCCUAAUUCUGUGUUGAGGGCUUUACAGAACUAUUAUGAAACUUAUAAUUCAAAUGUUCAUCGAGGAAUUCACUACCUAAGUGCAAAAGCAACUGAUGAAUACGAGUUGGCUAGAAAAAAGGUGGCUGCUUUUAUCAAUGCGUCUGACUCCAGAGAGAUUGUCUUCACCAGGAAUGCUACUGAAGCUAUCAAUUUGGUAGCCUACUCCUGGGGCCUUGCAAAUUUAAAACCAGGAGAUGAGGUUGUAGUCACAAUUGCUGAACAUCACAGUGCGAUUGUUCCUUGGCAACUUGUAGCUCAAAGAACUGGUGCCCUUCUCAAAUUUGUAAAUUUGAAUGAAAAUGAAGUUCCAGAUGUACAGCAGUUAAAAGAAGUGAUCUCACAGAACACAAGACUUGUAGUUGUUCACCACAUAUCAAAUGUUCUUGCUUCUUUCCUUCCUAUUGAAGACAUAAUCGAGUGGGCACAUGAUGCUGGAGCAAAAGUACUUAUAGAUGCUUGUCAAAGUGUACCGCACAUGGUGGUUGAUGUCCAGAGGCUCAAUGCUGAUUUUCUUGUUGCUUCCUCUCACAAGAUGUGUGGGCCCACAGGCAUUGGCUUCUUGUAUGGUAAAAGUGAUAUCUUGUCCUCAAUGCCUCCGUUUUUGGGCGGUGGAGAAAUGAUCUCUGAUGUAUUCUUAGAUCAUUCUACUUAUGCAGAGCCUCCAUCAAGAUUUGAGGCAGGAACUCCAGCAAUUGGAGAAGCAAUUGGGCUAGGAGCAGCUAUUGAUUAUUUGCUAGGAAUUGGCAUGCAAAAGAUUCAUGACUAUGAGAUGGAAUUGGCUAAUUAUUUAUAUGAAAGCCUCUCUUCUGUCCCCAAUGUUCGUAUUUAUGGCCCAAAACCUUCAGAAACCGUUCACCGUGCUGCUCUCUGUUCUUUCAAUGUUGAGGGUAUUCACCCUACAGAUAUUGCAACUUUUCUGGACCAACAGCUAACACUAUUAAAUCUCAGCAUGGAGUGGCUAUCAGAUCAGGUCACCACUGUGCCCAGCCUCUUCAUCGGCAUUUAGGAGUAAAUGCGAGUGCACGUGCUAGUCUACAUUUCUACAACACUAAAGAAGACGUUGACGAUUUCAUCCAGGCAUUAAAUGACACCAUCAGCUUCUUCAAUUCUUUUAAGUAGACUAAUCUUUUUGUUCUUCUCUGAUAGGCAAUAACUGCUCAUAUUAUACUCAGUAACCUCAUACGACUGUCCUUUUUGUUCCUGUUGUGUUAAAAAUCCGUUUUGCUUGCUCUUUUUUGGCAACUGUUGUACAAUAACCAAAAUGUGUAAAUUAAAAUCAUUAUUUGAAUCCAUUACAAGAGUAUACACUAUUGAGAUUUAAUAAAAGGGUGGAAAUUUCCAGGAUUUUAAUUAA